AUCGGUUACUUCAUCCUCUGGUGGGGACUCGACGCUGCUGGUACCGUGCGAAGGCUCCAGACGGGUGUGAGGACGCUCUUCGGAACAGGCUGAGCUCUUUGCAUCUACCAGCUGAAAGAUGUUCAAGAGGUUCUUGGAUAAACUGCGGCCGGAUAAAGAUGAGGACGACACGGUCAAAGUGAAGGGUAAAGUCAAGCCGAAGUACUAUGGGACAGUCGCCCCGUACCCGAACUUCAGCGCCAGCAAUGACGCUUCAGUCCUGAACAAUGCCAUCAAAAGUAAAGGCGUGGACGAGGACGUGAUCAUUUCAGUCCUGGUGAGGAGGAACAACGAGCAGCGGCAGAAGAUCAAAGCGGUUUACGAAGCGUCCACCGGACACAAACUGGACACGGACCUGAAAGAGGCUCUUCGGUCAGAUUUAGAGGACGUCACCCUGGCUCUGCUCUUGGCGCCGGCUCUCUUCGACUCCUACCUGAUCCGAAAGGCAACAAAGCGUUUGGGUACAGAUGAGAAAAUCCUGGUGGAGAUCCUGGUGACCAGAACAAACCAAGAGAUUCAGGAAAUAAAGAGAGUCUAUAAAGAAGUGUACGGACCGGACCUUGAGCAUGUCAUCACUGACGAGACCGAAGGAGACUUUCGCAAAGCUCUUCUGGCUCUGCUGAGUCCAAACCGAGACGAGAACACUGAAGUGGACAUGGACCUGGUCAGAGAAGAUGCAAAGACUCUCUUUGAAAAAGGCGAGAGCUGCGGAGACAUCUGCGAGGAAACGUUCAUCAACAUCCUGACAAAACGCAGCGGCCCUCAGCUGCGUCGAACUCUCCAGUACUACAAAGACAACCUGGGAGACAUCUCGUUACCCAAACUCAUGCGAGAGGAGCUGCGUGGAGACAUCAAGGACUGCUUCCUUGCUCUGGUGAAAUGUGCCUGGAACAAGCCGGCUUACUUUGCUGAGAAGCUCCACGAUGCCAUGAAGGGUCACGGCACAUGCGAGGACACACUGAUCAGGAUCCUGGUGAGCCGCUCGGAGAUCGACCUGAAGAAGAUCGUGGAGGAGUACCGGGGCAUGUACGGCCGGCCUAUCCAGGAGGACAUACUGCACGACACCAAAGAACACUUCCGGGAAGUCCUGCUGGGACUGUGUGGGCCUCACUGAGGCUCUAGACACCGAGGAAACGCUUCUGCAUUAUAUUCUCCAAUAAAGCUGUUAUCUGAGCAACGAGAACUGA